UGUAGCUGUUGGCAGCGCACUGUAAUCUUUGUUGUUAUUGUGUCGUUUUUUGUCCAAACCAUGAGCGUUGACAUGGGGGUUUUGCCAGACGACGAAGCCCAUGAGCUGAAAUACAAACCCGGGGGUCGCCUGGACAUGAGCCACGGCUUCCUUCACCAUAUCCGGAGGAACCAGAUCGCUCGGGACGACUAUGAUAAAGAAGUGAAACAAGCCAAGGAGCUGCAGCGGCGCCGCCACACGACGACCCCCAGGCGACCUCGGCGGCCAGACAUGCAAGUCUAUCAUCCCCGGCGAAGACAUGGGUCAGAACCGGGUGCCAGUGUCGAGGUGGAAGAGUGGAACGAGAGCGGGUCGAGUACAGAGACAGAGACUCAGGGAAGCGAACUGUUCUGGCUGGAUUAUCAGGCCGAUUGUGGUGCUGUCACAUCCUUUCUUGUCCACAAGGAGGACAAGCCACAGAUGGUUGUUGAACAAGUUGCAAAGAAGAACAUCUUGGAUUCCUCCAUGAGGGCGGCUUUAGAGAAGAGGAUUCAAAAGGAAAUGGACAAGAGACGUGACAAACGCUGAAUGGGAAUCGUAGCAGAGGAGGACCGUGCUGAGAAGUCCUUCACUUUACAGCAUCACCGUCGCUCCUGAGACUGUGUCAAGGAGAGAGUUUUGAAGAACUUGCGGUCCAGAAGUCAGUCUGUGGAGAUGCAGACCAAAGUUUUUCUUGCAAGGAAGCGCUAUGUCUGAGGUUUUGCUGUGUGUUUGGGGAUCUUCACGUCCAUGUUUACUAGAUCAUGUGACCUCGUGUUCAUAUCACCGUGGUAGACGUCAGGAGAAGUCUGUGAAUGUCUGUGACCAUCUUGGACCAGCUGAAGCCCGUCAGGUGCCAAGGGCAGUGAAGUGAACUGUUACUUAUGUUUACAAAAAUCCAACCGUCCUCAUACAUCUGCCAGCCAACAGCUGUAUGUCAUGGGUUUGAGAAUUUACCUCCAGUGUUUUCCUUCACGCAUAUUGUACAUUCAGUUUUGGUACUUCAUUUUUAACUGUCAAUCAAAGACGAAUUUACAUAUAUCACACUCUUAACGUGUUUAAUCGCACAGCUGAUCACGAACAGCCAUAAAAUGUGACCCUUUUUUUAUUGAAAAUAAAAUAUG